GUGUUGAUUAACAGUGUCAGUUAAAGUGACCGUACUAGAUACCUAAAAACAUAGUAUUAAAUUCGAAGCAACGGUUUAAGUCACUGCUACAUUAAAAAAUUUAAUAAACAUAAAAGCGCACAUACCUACGUUAACAUCCGUUUAAUUCAGUGAAUUUAUAGUUGUAUAUAAUAUAUAUUUAUUUUUUUAAGAUUUUUUGUUUCGUUACUUACGUUUUUUGUUUAAAGACGUGUAAUAUUCGACCAAAUGUCGUUCUAUUUUCGUACGAGUAACUGUUGCUAAAUUUAAUUUUUGAAAUCGUUUACUGCUGCAGGUUAGGUACUUGUGAUGGCGAACAAUCGAAAAUUGAUAAAAUUGUUAUUGGUGGUCAAUAUCGUGUACAUUUGUAUCGGUUUUACAUCGACGAGGUCUCCGAUUCUACAUCAAAACAAAAAAAUGGCGAACAAAGCAGAGGAAGUCCAAUCGAUUGAAGCCGAAGCACCUGAAGUAUCGGAGGCAGGAGAGAAUAACGAAGAACCAAGUGAUGUACCGCCGGAAAACGGUAGAUUAAACAUGAAACGACGACCGAAUGGCUGUCCGUAUUGCGAUUCCAGUGUAUACAGUUACUGCUCUGACAAAUUGUUGCACGAUGCAUGUUGUUGCUUAGAUCCACACGACACAGAUUUACCAAAUGAAUGUCAAUUCGCGGAUUGUAGUUUUCUUCACUCAAAUACUUGCCGAGAACAUCGUCUGAUUACUGCUUGUUGUUGUAAUCAGUUCCUCGCACAUAAGAAGUAAACAUAUAUUAUUGCAGCUAUACAUUAUUACAGCUAUAUAUGUCGUUGAACUUAAAUCAAUAAACAUCAAACCAAUCUUUUGCGAUUACAAUUUUUAAAUGUUUGAAAACUGGUAUAAAAUAAUAACUACCUAUAUUGAUGUUAUAAGAACCAAUAGUCCCUAUUAUAUUAAUAUAAUAGCCCUUAUACCUACAUAUUUUACAUUUUAAAAAUUAA